AGGUUAGCAUCCAAAGCUCCUUUUGAGUCGUCUUCUUUUGUUUUUUUUGUCCUUUUCUUCUUCUUUUCAUUCUUCUCGUCGUCGAUUUUUUUUUUUUUUUUGGUCCUCCUAUUUCUCUUUGGGAAAAGCAGAUGCACUUUGACUCCUGACUGCUCUACCUCAGACCUGAGAAAACUCAUCACAUUUGCUUUUCGCUGGGUUUUCACCAUUGUCGCUUUUCGUUUCGCUUUUUUUUCCCUUUUUCCCUCCCCGCUUGUUUUCGCAAUGCGCGCAGCCCUCUCCCCCCUGUCCCUGCUCCUGGAUCCGUGCUAGCGGCCGGGAUCCGGGCUGCAAGGCUGGGCAAACCUCUUAUUUUUCCCCCCCCGGUGUGUGGCCCGCUUAGGACAUUUGAACGAAGAUUAUUCUUCCUCCCUAUUUUAUUAUUGUUGUUGUUGUUGUUGUUGUUAUUUAUUAUUAUUAUUGUUGUUGUUGUUGUUGUUAUUCUUUUCCUCCUCCAAGGCUUUUUUUGGAGCAAACCCCGCACGCAGCCAACCUGCUUUUCUUUUUAAAGCAGGAUCCAUCCUGCUCCUCUCGUUAUUAUUCUUGCUGCCCCUUCUUCUCUUUCUCUCUCUAUUUUAUUUUUCCCUGCUUGGCACCUGGGAGCCUCCCCCCGCCCCACUCUCAGAAUAACCAAAGACAAUGGUGCACUGUGCCGGCUGCAAGAGGCCGAUCUUGGACCGGUUUUUGUUGAAUGUACUGGACAGGGCUUGGCAUGUGAAGUGUGUGCAGUGCUGUGAAUGUAAAUGCAAUUUGACAGAGAAAUGCUUUUCCCGGGAAGGCAAGCUUUACUGCAAGAACGACUUCUUUCGGUGUUUCGGGACCAAGUGCGCGGGCUGCGCGCAGGGCAUCUCCCCCAGCGACCUGGUCCGGAGGGCGCGGAGCAAAGUGUUCCACUUGAACUGUUUCACUUGCAUGAUGUGUAACAAGCAGCUCUCCACCGGCGAGGAGCUCUACAUCAUCGACGAGAACAAGUUCGUCUGCAAAGAAGAUUACCUGAGCAACAGCAAUACCGCCAAAGAGAACAGCCUGCAUUCAGCCACCACCGGCAGUGAACCCAGCCUGUCCCCGGACUCGCAAGAUCCUUCCCAGGACGACGCCAAGGACUCGGAGAGCGCCAACGUGUCGGACAAGGAGACGGGCAGCAACGAGAACGACGACCAGAACCUGGGCGCCAAGCGGCGGGGGCCGCGCACCACCAUCAAAGCCAAGCAGCUGGAGACGCUGAAAGCCGCCUUCGCCGCCACCCCCAAGCCCACGAGGCACAUCAGGGAGCAGCUGGCCCAGGAGACCGGCCUCAACAUGCGGGUCAUCCAGGUAGCGCAGGGGGGAGCGGGGCUGGGGCUGGGGCCGCCCCGCUCGGUGCGGACCCGGCGGGGCCGGCGUUGUAAAAAAGGAAGAUCCGCGCGCGCCCUUCCCGCGGAAGUGUAUUAUCAGAGCGAGUAUUAUGGCCCAGGAAGCAAUUAUGAUUUCUUCCCACAAGGACCUCCUUCUUCUCAAGCGCAGACACCAGUUGAUCUCCCUUUUGUGCCCUCUUCCGGGCCAUCAGGAACUCCUCUGGGUGGAAUGGAUCACCCGCUCCCUGGACAUCACCCCUCCAGUGAGGCUCAGCGCUUCACUGACAUAAUGUCGCACCCGCCAGGAGACUCACCCAGCCCCGAGCCCAACCUGCCAGGUUCUUUGCACUCCAUGUCUGCAGAAGUUUUUGGUCCAAGUCCUCCAUUUUCUUCAAUAUCCGUCAACGGUGGUGCUAACUAUGGCAAUCACUUGUCACAUCCACCAGAAAUGAAUGAAGCGGCUGUGUGGUAGCUUUAAAACAAACUGGGUCUAAGUAAGUGAUGAUCAUCUAGUCUGCUUAUGUUAUGGUGUACAGAAAUGAAUAAAUAUAACAUCUCUCCUGCCCUAAGACAGUUUUACCUUGGGAACGAACUGAAUCUGAAAUACUCCAAGGCGAGCUUUGCUAUAGACCAGGACAAUCUUCAUAAUAUGGUUGUAACAAACAAAAAAGGGACUUUUUUGUACCAUUGACAAAGAAACUGGUGAAGCUGUACAGUAAAGUGCUGCCAUACCAUAGGAUGGCGUAAGUUGAGUACCCUGUUGGAUGUCACCCUAAGAGCCACAAUCCUUAGAAACUUUUCAUUAAAAAAAAAAAAUUGAACAAAAGAAAGGUCAAAGAAAGGGGGGAAAAAGCUUCAAGAACUCUAGCGUUCCCAGUUAAGGAUGGUUCUGGCAUUAUGAAUUUGUUUGUUAAUUUUUGUCUCUCAGAAAAUUCAACUACAACAAACUCUUUUUAGCUUCAGAAAUGUCAGCCUGCUGAAUAUCAGGUGGGACAAUUUUUUUUUUCCCUUUUUUUUUUCCUCUCCAAAAUAACAAAUACUAAAUGUAAGCCCUCAGCAUCAACUCUUCUACCUUCACAAAGCUACACGUACAAAAAAUCCUCAUAAUAACAAAGGUCACCAACCAGACCUCUAACUAAAAUGACUUGAAACAAACAGAAAAAAAAGUAUUCUACCUUCACAAAAAAAAAAGCUAAACAAAAAGACUCUAUUGAACUAAAAACAGUCAACUGUUUACGUAUAAUGUUAAAUUCAGGAGCUCAAUGUUUUACUAAUAAAUCCUGUUUUAGAA